AAUAAAAAAUCUUAGUCCAAUCCGCGCCUUCGCCUCAUCACCAGCAGCGAAGCUACCGUCCACUGCACCAUGCUCCCUCUCCAUUCCCAACCCUAACCCUAACCCUUACCCUAAUCCUUGCCCUCCUCCGUCGUUUGCCAUGGACGCCGCUCGACUUCUCACCCCGUGCUUCUCCUCUUCCAUGCGAUCCCCGUCUUCUCGACCUCUAUCCCGUCUCUCGGGCGCCUUCCGAAGCCCCAGGCGGUGCGCUCCAUUUCAAGCCAGCCGUCGCCGGAAUCUGUGCCUGGCCUGUGCUGCGGAGACCCUGGUCGCCGGAUCGCAGAGGGAGGAAGGGAGCUCGCAUUCGCUCCGAGGCGAGAAGGGAGUGGAGGGUGGAGAUCUCAAGUCUUGGUUGCACGCGCAAGGCUUACCGCCGUGCAAGGUUGUUGUCAAGGAGAGGCCUUCUCAUGAUGGGAAGCACCGGCCGAUACAUUAUAUCGCGGCAAGCGAGGAUCUUGAGGCUGGUGAUGUAGCAUUCUCAGUUCCCAACUCUUUGGUGGUAACUCUGGAUAGAGUUCUUGGAAACGAGACAAUUGCGGAACUGUUAACAACGAACAAGCUUUCAGAAUUAGCCUGCCUGGCACUAUAUCUCAUGUAUGAGAAAAAACAGGGGAAGAAGUCCUUCUGGUAUCCCUUCAUUAGGGAGCUUGACCGUCAACGAGGAAGAGGCCAGCUAGCUGUGGAAUCACCCCUUCUAUGGUCUGAAACUGAACUGGCUUACCUGAACGGCAGUCCUACCAGGGCUGAAGUUCUCGAAAGGGAUGAAGGAAUAAAGAGAGAGUACAAUGAACUUGAUACAGUCUGGUUCAUGGCUGGUUCAUUGUUCCAGCAAUACCCUUUUGACAUUCCUACUGAGGCUUUUCCCUUCGAGAUUUUCAAGCAGGCAUUCGUUGCAGUUCAAUCUUGUGUGGUUCAUUUGCAGAAAGUAAGUUUGGCUCGAAGGUUUGCCCUGGUUCCUUUGGGGCCGCCAUUGUUGGCUUACAAGAGCAACUGCAAAGCAAUGCUAACUGCUGUCAGUGAUGCUGUUCAGUUGGUGGUUGAUCGUCCAUAUAAGGCUGGGGAACCGAUUGUUGUAUGGUGUGGACCACAACCAAAUUCAAGGUUGCUUCUCAAUUAUGGUUUUGUUGAUGAAGAUAAUCCAUAUGACCGUAUAGUCGUUGAGGCAUCCCUGAAUACGGAAGAUCCUCAAUACCAAGAAAAGAGAAUGGUUGCUCAAAGAAAUGGAAAGCUGGCUGUCCAAGUUUUUCAUGUGUAUGUUGGAAGAGAAAAAGAAGCUAUAUCGGAAAUGCUGCCUUAUAUGAGAUUAGGGUAUGUUUCAGAUCCAGCUGAGAUGCAUUCGGUUAUUUCUUCUCAAGGCCCUGUUUGUCCUGUAAGCCCAUGCAUGGAGCGAGCAGUGUUGGACCAACUUGUAGGCUACUUUGAGGCUCGGUUGGCAGGCUACCCUACAACCUUAAGUGAGGAUGAAAAUAUGUUGAGAGAUGGCCAUUUGAAUCCAAAGAAGCGAGUUGCUGUUCAGCUUGUAAAGUUAGAAAAGAAAAUGCUGCACGCUUGUCUUCAGGCUGUAUUUGAAGUCAUAAAUCAAUUACCAGAUCACACUGUAUCUCCCUGCCCGGCUCCUUUUGCUCCUCAAUUGAAAUAAUAGAACCAACCAUCCCCAUCACAUGUCUAAUAUGAUCAUGUAGGCCAAGCAAGUCAGUCAUAACAGUUUAGCUUUGAUCGGUUGGGUUGCUUGUCAGGUGAACCAUUCAGUUGUCCAACUCCACCUUUUGAUCUGUGGUAGUAAUGCCAACCGAUAACGCCAUACACAGUCCAUUUUACAGGUUGCGUGAUGUCUGGCGUUGCUGUAAGCUAGAAGAUUUGGGUUGUGAUUUUAUAUCUGCGGGUGGAUCAUCAUGCAAGUAUUCUGAAGGAAACCAUCGGGAACUCUUCUGCAGUUCAUUGACGGUACAUAAUUCAAAAGUAAACCUAGGUCACAUCUUUUCUCAAUUUGCCCAGUGAUACGUUUUUGAUUUAGUUUCUCUUGCUUCCAAAUGUUUGCUAACUUGUACAUGAACAAAUAAUGAGGCAAAAAAAAAAAAAGAAGAGAAAAAAGAGUUGCAUCUUGAUGGGUGACUAAUUUGCCUUGAAAUCUUGAGGAAUGGUGUUCGACAUAGCUUUUCAUCAUUCUGACUAGUUAUUUGCCUACCGAGCUGCCACAAUUUAUGUGAUGUGAUGGCCUUUGGAUUUGUAAAUUUGUCCGUUUGUUAUAUUCUGACGACUCUGCUUUGUUAUCCAAGAAAUUGAAAGAAAGGAUUUCUAGUA